UUAUUUUUUUCUUUUUAAUAAACAUUUAUUUAUUUUCAUGUAUAAAUAUCUCGUUCAUCUCAUGCUUCUUUCAUUCCUUCUUAAUGUAAAGAUUUUUUAGCGUUGUCACUGAGAAAUGCAGAGGCUAGGAAUUUUGCUGCUGCUCGUUUUAUCGAGCAAUGCUGCUGAGUAUGAAGGGGAAUGCAAGUUGGGUUGGCCGCUGGUUCCAAGGCCUCACAGCGUAUCCGUCUUGGAAUUUGGUGCAGUUGGAGAUGGGAUCACUGAUAACACUCUAGCAUUUCAGAAUGCUAUUUUCUAUUUAAAGUCCUUUGCGGAUAAGGGUGGUGCCCAACUCUAUGUUCCAGAAGGAAACUGGCUCAUCGGAUGCAUCAGCCUCACGAGCCAUCUUACGAUUUUUCUGGAGAAAGACGCUGUUAUUCUUGGCUCUCAGGACUAUAGUCACUGGGACGUGGUCGAGCCCUUACCUUCGUAUGGACAAGGCCUUGAAGUACCUGGUCAAAGGUACCGAAGCUUGAUCAGUGGGCAAAAUCUCACUGAUGUUGUUAUCACAGGCAAUAAUGGAACUAUUGAUGGGCAGGGUUCGAUAUGGUGGGAGCAACUCAAUUCUCGUUCUUUAAACUACAGCCGACCACAUAUUGUUGAACUUAUUGGUUCAAUUGGCAUUGUUGUGUCGAACCUAACCUUCUUAAAUGCACCCUCUUGGAAUAUACACCCAGUUUAUUGCAGUAAUGUGCUAGUUCAAAACAUAACCGUUUAUUCUCCUUCCUAUUCUCCAUUCACGAGCGGGAUAGUUCCAGAUUCCUCCGAGCAUGUUUGCAUCGAGAACAGCAACAUUAGUGUUGGACACGAUGCCGUGGUGCUGAAAAGUGGUUGGGACGAGUAUGGAAUGGCAUAUGGAAAACCUACCACGAAUGUUCAUGUCCGGAAUGUCCGCCUCCAUUCCUUCGCAGGCUCAGGCGUCGCGUUUGGCAGUGAAAUGUCAGGUGGGAUUUCUAGCAUUCUGGUCGAGCAUAUCCAGGUGCACGACUCCCAGGUAGGCAUUGAGCUGAAGACAGCAGUCGGGAGAGGCGGCUACAUGACCGACAUCUCCAUAUCGGACGCUCUCAUGGACAACGUGCAACAAGGGAUCAAGGCAACAGGUCAUUGCAAUUCUCAUCCAGACAAUAAAUUUGAUCCUCAGGCGUUGCCGGUUGUUAGUGAUAUCAGAUUCAAGAACAUUCUUGGUUCGAACAUCACUUCGGCUGGGAGGUUUUUUGGGAUUGAUCGAUCGCCCUUUACCUCGAUAUGUCUGUCGAACGUUUCUUUCUACCUAAACUCCGAUCCGACCACAUCGUGGAAGUGCCUCAACGUCUUAGGCUCGUCUUUCGACGUGUCGCCUAUGCCUUGUCCUGAGCUUCUAAGCUCCGCUUCGAGUUCGUUUCUCGAUUGUUUCGUCUUCCAACAUCCUAGUAGUAGAGUUUCAUAUAUGUGAUUGUGUGAUUUUAUUGGAUUUUGAUUCAUCCGCUCGCUGAUGGAAGCGAUGAGCUUUAGGCCGGGGUGGAGGCUUACCAAAGUCGGGUCGUGGUUGUGUUCGUGUUUGUGUAUAGGCAUCUGUUUGCUUUGUUCGUGUUGUAAGAAAAGUUUUGGUAGUGCAUGCUUAUUUUUUUGGGUUGCUUUUUUGUUAGGUAUUUUUCAUUUACAUUUGUAAAUUCUUUGGAUUUGAUUGAAUAUGCAAAUGCUAUCUUUUUUAUCUC